AUCCGCGUACACGCGCCUGCACACACAAGACUCUCUCUCUAGAGUCCAAAAACAAAGAAAGUUGAAUGCUCUUCAAAUCCUGACAUCCUGUAAAUGAUUUUGAGUAGAGCCGCACCCUCUGUCAUGGUCUCCUUCCCUCGUUCUAGGAAAGGGUCGGGGCUGUGCAUAUGGCCAGGGAUGAGACAGCUUUGUCUAAGAAAGACUCUUGUGUAUGGAUUUGUGAGGCUCUUAUCAAUGCCAUUCAAGACCUUGCAGGGAGUUAGCCAAACAAUUGGAGGAGUUUCUAAUUUUUGCAGCAUCACCAAUAUGUCAUCCACUUUGCAAAUUGAGCUGGUGCCCUGUCUUAAAGAUAACUAUGCUUAUCUGUUACAUGACAUGGAUACUGGGACAGUUGGAGUGGUUGACCCUUCUGAAGCAGUACCUGUUAUAGAUGCAUUGAAUAGGAAAAAUUGGAAUUUGACUUACAUCCUGAACACUCAUCACCAUUUUGAUCAUACUGGUGGAAACAUGGAGUUAAAAGAAAGGUACGGCGCAAAGGUGAUUGGAUCAGGAGUAGACAAGGACAGAAUACCUGGCAUAGAUAUCGCUUUGAAUGAUGGGGACAAAUGGAUGUUUGCAAGCCAUGAGGUGCUUGUGAUGGCAACUCCUGGUCAUACACGAGGCCAUAUUAGUUUCCACUUCCCUGGAUCAAAAUCAAUUUUUACGGGAGACACUUUGUUCAACUUAUCAUGUGGCAAGCUUUUUGAAGGAACUCCACAGCAGAUGCUUUCUUCCCUGAGGAAGAUCACAUCGUUGCCAGAUGAUACGAAUAUAUACUGCGGUCAUGAAUAUACAUUGAGUAAUUCAAAAUUCGCCCUAUCAGUAGAACCUGGGAAUGAAGAAUUGCAGUCUUAUGCUGCCCAGGUAGCCCAUCUCAGCAGCAAGGGCUUGCCUACGAUCCCUACUUCACUAAGAAAGGAGAAGUCAUGUAAUCCAUUCCUUCGAACUUCGAGCAAAGUAAUCCGGAAGUCAUUGAACAUUCCCGACUCAGCAGACGACUCUGAAGCCUUGGGCAUCAUCCGCAAAGCCAAGGACAACUUUUAGGUUCAGCUCUGAAAUAUGGAUUGCUUGUACGACUGUCGUGGCUCGUUGUAGAAGUACUGUGUGCUGUCCAUCGAGCAAAGAUGACUUUCAGCGUACAUACAUUAUGCAAUAGGCCUUGUGUAUAGGUAAUAAAAUUGUCAGAUCCUUGGACACUCCGAAUUUCGUCCUUUACAUUUGGGGCUAAAUUAAAUUUGUAGAGAAUUGCUAUGAAAUAAUUGUUUUUGGGUUCUCUUUGAUGAUUGAUUUAAUCCAGUGUAGAAAUGACAAGUGCAUUCUGUAUAGCUUCAUUGUACUGUCCUUUCUGUUUAAAUUGGGAAUAGAGUUGCAUUAUUUUU